AUGCGCCAACUGAGCCUGCACGUCUCUGCGCUGAACGAUUCGGAGUACGACUUCUACACGACAUCUCUCAUCGAUCUCGCAGAGGAUGAAUCAGAGCCCACUGCACGGAAUAACGAAUACUUCGACAAUCUCACUGUCGGCGUACGCGAAGCACGAGCAUGGAUGAAGGGCCGCUUCUCGCACAUCCCGGUCUCCAAAAUUGACGAGAUUCUGAGGCUCUUCAGCCCGAACAUGAGUGCAGGCGAUACGCUGUCGGGCGGGCAGUUCUUCGCUGCUCUCAGACUAGCUUUACAUGUCGAGAAUGGGAGGGAGGUGGACCGUGGAUUGGCCUUUGCGCAAGCAUUCCCCCGGACAGAAUCAUCCGCUUCUCCUCCGAAACGGACGCUCCCGGUGCCCCCAAUGUCGCCGCCGAUGCUGCCUGCGACUAGCGCUCCCCAUACGCCCAAUAACCCCUUCAGUCAGGCCCAAUCAUUCUCGGCUUUGCAGCAGGAGCAUCCCAGUCCCCACCCGAACCCGUUCAACCCUUUCGUAGGUCGGAGCAGCAGCCAAUCGACGGGGCCGCCGCAGAAGUUGCCGCCACUUCCUCCUAGGAAGCCUUCUAUUCAUCAACCACCACCACGACACGCCUCCCAAGUGCCCCCCGUGCCCGAUCACGCUCCUCGGGGGCAUGUUUCGACCCCUUCCCUCACCAAGCCUGCCCACGUAACGAGUGCUUUGAUGAAGCAGUCAUUGCAAGCUAGCAAAGUGGGACAGACGCUGAAAAGGGCAGAAGAGCAGCUGGAAAAGGAACGCAUUCUGCAGGUCCUGAAGAGCAGUAAUUCGAAUGUAGGACGGGCUCGGAGCAAUAGCCCUCAUAAGCCUCCCCCACCCCCGCCUCCGCGCCCGACAUCGUCCUCAGGUUCAGGCUCGGAGGUCAACUCUUCUUCUGUGCCGCCACUUCCGAAACGACGUUCCUUCGUAGAUCGAGCUAGAGCAGCCUCACCGCCGGUUUCGACUACGUCUCUCGAGGAAGUCGCUUUCGCUAGACCACACGUCAACACCAACGUAUCCUAUGGCUACGCAGCCAGCCCGUUCAAAACGCCAGACCAAGCGUUCAAGGAAGCAUCAUAUUUCACGAGAUCGCCUUCCGUCUCACCAACACGUUCACCGAGUAAAGAUCUACCGCCCCCGAAGCAUCCUCGUCGCAAACCACCGCCACCGAUCGAGAGCGCCUUCUCCUCUACGUCGUCCGCGUUAUCGUCAGCUGAUUCUACGUCGUCUACCACUUUGCGAGAUAGGCAGAGAGGCGAGGAUCUGAAUCAGCCUUUGAACGAUUCCCCUACUUCGCGGAUCUUCCGUUCGAAAUCCGUUCACUAUCCAUCGCCUCCCCCACCCGUUCCGCCACCUCUCCGCAAGCGUCGUCCGGAAAGCGUCCAAGUUGUCGGCGGCCUCGCAUCGUUAGAGCAUGCUUCCCAAAAUACAACUUCGCCGUUUCCAUUCAGAGGCCCUCGAAGUGAAGGAGGGAGCAACGGCAGUGUCGCUGGUAAUGGCGCUCUUCUCUCCCGCCACGUCUCCAUGUCGGCUUCCACACCCUCGCCAAGGGCUCCUCAUUACCGCAACAGCGCUCAAAACGUCGGUGGGGUAGAUAACGGCGAAAGCCCUUUCCACCGCACGCUAGCCACGUUGCAGCCCAAACUAGACGCCCUUCAGCCGAAGUUGGAUAAAGUGCGGUAUAAGGCUGAGGCCGGUCUGUCGAGGAGAGGGUUUGUGAGGGAAAGGGGAUGGAGAGAGGGUGAAGACGAGCAAGGGUUGAUGGGGGGUACGAGGUCUGGGCAAAGGGGCUCGCCGUCGGAUUCCGAUGGAUGGGAGAGAAUUGGUGGUAUGGAUGGUGGGCCGGAUGUUGAUAGCGGGGACGAAGGGAGCAGCACGGCGAAUGGGAAUGAUGAGAGGGGUAGACGAUUGAAUGGGCCCCGGGAGCCUGGUCAGCCACUCUUCAGCGAGAAGGAUAACCUGAAGCUACCUCCCGGAGAUGGAUGGAAGCCUCUGUGA